AUUAAAAAUAAACACAAUUGAUUUUUUGUCCAAAAAUAUAAUUUGCAACGCGCUCCACUGGUUGUGACAAUAGCAUCGAAAUGGGCUCCGAUGAUCUGAGCGCAGGGGAUAAAAUCCUGAAGGGAUUUCAAAUAAACUACAUGAUACUGCGCGAUGCGGACACCGGCAAGGUAAUCUGGCAAGAGAAUAAGGACUUUUCGGCCCCAGACUUGGAGCAUGAGGCCCGAGUGCCCGUUAAAAUUCUGGACAUGCGUGCCGUCUCGCGUGAAAUUAAUUUUAGCACCAUCGAGUCCAUGGAGAACUUUCGUCUGGACCAGAAGGUGCUGUUUAAGGGGCGAAUCAUGGAGGAGUGGUUCUUCGAGAUGGGCUUCGUGGGCGCCAACACCACCAACACCUGGCAGUCGACAAUCGAAGCGGCGCCCGAGUCCCAAAUGAUGCCAGCCAAAGUCUUAAAUGGCAAUGUGACGAUUCAAACCAGUUUCUAUGACAACGAAACACUCAUCACAAAAUCGGUUGUGCGCUUGUACUACAUUUAAAGCCAAGUGCGGUGCUUUUCGGAGAAGCGGCGGCGGCGGCGGCGGCGGCAACUAACACUUUAUUGGGGGGUCGGCCCACGCACUCACAUAAUACGCCCCCUCCGGCACCGCACUUGCCCCACAGAACACUCAACACUCGACAAACUUGAGGUGUUCAUCGCCGCUGCUGCUCCUCUUUCUCUUUCUCAUGCAUUUCUGCCGCUGACGAAUUAAUAAUAUUCACGAAGUAUUUUCGUUUAAUUCUCUCGCUUUCGCAAUGUCAAUUCAAAUAGAAAUCAUCUUCGUCGAUCUGUGGAAAACGGAAACAUCUGUUACUUAUGGAAAAUUCUAUAUUCUGUGCAUUUGAAUGCAAAUGUUAGUGCGCUUUUAUACACAUAUUAUCUUAGACUAAUGCAUUUUAACUUAAUUUUAAAACUAUUAUUUAUUUUAUUACAAAAUAAUUAACGAAUGUUAUAAGUACCUAAAAGCAUACGUUUACGAAUAAAAACCAAAUGUAAAUUUAA